AUGGCACUGAAAACAGACCCUCUACAUUUCAUAUUGUUAAUCAUAUUAUUAUCGGUGACUCGGUCCAUAGACUCGGCCACCACCGCCGGUGAAAAACUGCUCCAUCUCGGUGGGACAUCGCAGCCAAUCAUUGCGCCGGAAGAAGACCGGAAGGUGGUGGAAAUAGCCGAUUUUGCGGUGGAUAAACACAAUCAAUUGGCUAAAACGAACUUGAAAUUAUCGAAUGUGAUAAACGGGACAAUGACGGUUCUUGGUGGCACUUAUUACGAACUUGCAAUAUCUGCUGUCGAUCGUCGUAAGGCAAAUGCUGCACAAAAUUAUGCUACUCUUGUUUAUGAGAAGCCAUGGCAACAUUUGAAGAUACUUGUUAGCUUCAAAGAGAUUCCAAUUUCAGUGUAG